UACUUCAGUUUAAUUUUAUAUACAUACUUAACUAAUAAUUGUUUACUUAUUUCCAGGUAUAAUAAGUUGAAAUGUGAGACAGGAGAACAUAGAAACACGCCAAACAGUGCCUUAAGUAGUUAUAAACAAAGUGAACGGAAGCGAGGAGUGCAAACGAACGAACACACAUACGAAAAAACGAAAUAUAUUUAUAGGAACCGAGCGAGCGUCCACCGGAAACAUCGUCGGGCGCGUGACGGCUACGCGAGCGCAUACAGGCGCUUCAGGACAGCUGGAGGCGGCUGACGGCCACCAGACCGAGUACAUCACAGAGACGGUCGCGUCACCGCUCCUUUAGUCACGAGAGACGGAGACCCGACCAGGUCCAGAGGAGGAGCAGCGCGCACUCCCUAGACCUUGAACAGACAGCUACCAUACAUAGAGCGCGUUCCCUAUCCAAGAUGGCGACGUUAUCCCUAAAGAUAUCCCUCGAGGGCGGCAAGGUGGUGAAGACCAUACAGUUUGACCCCUCGACCACCGUUUACGACGCGUGCCGCAUCAUCAGGGAAAAGAUUCUAGAAGCGAAUGCUAAUGAUCCUAAAGAGUACGGCCUGUUCCUUGCGUCAGAGGAGGACAACAAGAAAGGUAUAUGGCUGGAGGCGUCCCGCAGUUUGGACUACUACAUGCUGAGGAACGGAGACCUGCUGGAGUACAACAAGAAGACAAGGAAUUUGAGGGUUAGGAUGUUGGAUGGAACCGUCAAAACCCUGCUCGUAGACGACAGCCAAAUAGUCGCCAACCUGAUGGUGGUAAUUUGCACCAAAAUCGGUAUCACCAACUACGAUGAGUAUGGACUGGUCCGUGAAGAACAAAAGGAAGAAGCGGAUCCAUGUGAGAAGCCCAACUAUGGAACUCUUACCCUGAAGAGACGGCAUCAGGAGAAAGAAAGAGACACGAAGAUGGAUCAGCUCCGAAAGAAAUUGAGGACUGAUGAUGAAGUGAACUGGGUGGAAGGUUCCAAGACCCUCCGGGAGCAAGGGAUCGACGUCAGCGAGACUCUUCUUCUACGGCGGCGACUGUUCUUCUCCGACCGCAACGUGGACUCGCGGGACCCCGUCCAGCUGACCUUGCUCUACGUCCAGGCUCGGGACGCCAUCCUCGCAGGGACACACCCUAUCACACAGGAUAAAGCUUGCGAGUUUGCUGGAAUACAGUGUCAGAUACAAUUCGGAGAUCAUAAGGAGGACAAACAUACACCUGGAUUCUUAGAUCUAAAAGAGUUCCUGCCGGCGUCCUACGUGAAGGUAAAGGGCAUAGAGAAGAAAAUAUUCAAGGAGCACCGCAAGCACGCCGGCCUCAGUGAACUUGACGCCAAAGUCCUGUACACCAAGAGCGCUAGAGAUUUGAAGACCUACGGAGUCGCCUUUUUCCUUGUGAAGGAGAAAAUGAAAGGCAAGAACAAGCUGGUGCCCCGUCUGCUGGGUGUCACUAAGGAUUCUGUUCUUCGCCUAGACGAGAAGACCAAGGAGGUACUCCAGACCUGGCCUCUCACCACCGUGCGGCGCUGGUGUGCCAGCCCCAACACCUUCACCCUAGACUUUGGAGACUACAGUGACCAGUACUACAGCGUCCAGACGACGGAGGCGGAGCAGAUCCUCCAGGUGAUCGCGGGCUACAUCGACAUCAUCGUGAGGCGGAGACGAGCUCGCGACCACCUCGGCAUCGAGGGCGACGAGGGCUCCGCCAUGCUGGAGGACUCCGUGUCGCCCUCCAAAGCUAACAUUAUACAACAUGACACUUUCAAGUCGGGUAAAGUGAACACGGAGUCAGUCGCGAAGCCCGCCGUACUGCGACCAGGCGCCGAAGGUGCGAAACCCUUCGCGGUGGGCCACUUGACUGGCGCUCAACAGACCACUGUGUCCGGGCAGGUCAUUACUGGACACGCACCGCCCUCUGCGACACAGAUCCAGCAGACGAAAGUUACAUCAAUUAUGACCGAGCCGCAGAGAGCGCUGCUGUCGACCAUCACCAGCGGCAAGGAGAUCAUCAAACAGACCGAGGAGGGCUUGACGAGGGCGUCCCUCCCGGCGCUGGGCCAGGACGCCGGCUCCGUGAAGUGGAAGACGGUGACCAUGGACAGCAGCAGGCAGGUGGUCACGUCGCGCAUCGCGGCCAUGAACGCGGCCACCGCGCAGGUGGUCACUCUCACCGCCGGCCCCACCGAAGAAAUGGAUCACACGGCGGUCGGAGCGGCUAUCACCACCAUCACAACUAAUCUGCCGGAAAUGACCAAAGGAGUCCAGAUGAUCGCAGCGCUGAUGGAGGACACAUCAGGUGGUGAUCGUCUCUUGGACGCCACUCGCCAGCUGUGCUGUGCCUUCUCUGAUCUACUGCGAGCCGCAGAACCUCACGCCAAGGAGCCACGUCAGAGCCUACUCAACGCAGCCUCCAGAGUGGGUGAGGCGUCGACCAGCGUACUCCACACCAUCGGGGAGGAAACCGAACAGGAUAAGGAAACACAGGAUAUCCUGCUAUCCCUGGCGAAGGCGGUCGCGAACACAACAGCGGCACUAGUCCUGAAGGCUAAGAAUGUGGCAGCGCAGUGCAAGGACGAGCAGCCGCUGCAGAACACUAUCAUAGCGGCGGCCACGCACUGCGCGCUCGCUACCAGCCAGCUCGUGGCUUGUGCCAAGGUGGUAGCUCCAACGCUCCACAACCCAGCCUGCAGAGAACAGCUGACCAGUGCAGCGCGCCAGGUCGCCCAAGCUGUGGAGAAAUUGGUCUCCGCAUGCAACCAGGCCCCAGAAUCAGCGGCCUCUGGUGUGGAACAACUGACGUUAGCAGCUCAGAGAGUUUCCGAGGAGUUGGAGAGGCUCCUGGCGCAUUGUGAUAUUGAUCGGCGCGUCCAAGCUACAGUAAUGGAGCAAUCGGUGGAAAGUGUGAUGUGUGCCAGUGAGCGCGUGUCUGAUGCUCCUGAUGCUCCCGAGAUGGUGAGACGAGCUCGUCUCCUGGGGCAAGCCACAGCCAGGCUUAUCGCUGAUAUCAAGACGGAGGCUGAGAAACAACCAUCUGAAUCUCAACGCAAGUUAUUAGCAGCGGCCAAGCUAUUGGCAGACGCCACAGCUCGUAUGGUGGAAGCUGCGAGACUUUGUGCUUCCUCACCACAGGAUCGUGAGAAGCAAGAGGCCCUUCGACGCGCCGCUGAAGAGCUCCGCUUUAUUACUGUAGACUACGCGCAGGGACAGGACAUCGUCAGCUCGCAGCUGGCACGGCUCACUGAAAGCGCCCGCCAAGCGACAUCAAGCGCAACUCAGCUGAUCACGUCCGCUCAGAACGCGACUCAGUACAACACUAACAAAUACUCGCAGGAAAUACUGCUGUCAGAGUGUACUGCACUGGGCGAGCAACUGCCUCGCGUUUCCGAAGCUACCCGCAGUGCGAUCGCGCGCCCCACCGAGCCAGCUGCACACCUGGAUCUCAUCGCUGCGUCGGAGACCUUCCUACAGCCCAGUGGACACGUGAUCCAGGCGGCGCGAGGGGUGCUCCCCACCAUCGAGGACCCUACCGCAGCCAAACAGCUGGCAGACACCACGCACCAGUUCACCACCAGCUGUGCAGACCUCAGGUCGGCAGUGAGCCGCGCUCGCGUGUCGUGCAAGGGCACGGAGCUGGACGCGGCUGCGGAGAUCAUCCGCAGUCUCCAAGUCGAGCUGGACGAGCUGGAGCAGGCGGCGCGUGCGCUCGAGCUUCGGCCGCUGCCCGGACAGACGGCGGAGUGGACGUGCGCGCGGCUGACGAGCGCGGGCCGCAGCGCCGCGUCGGCGUCGGCGCAGCUGGCGGGCGCGGCGCGGCGCGGCGAGGGCGCGGGCGCGGCGCGCGCGGCCGCCGAGCUGGCGCGCGCGCUGCGGGACUUCGCGCCGCCGCUGCGGGCCGCGCUGGCCGCCGCGCCGCCGCCGCGCCGACACGGUGUAAUAACAUCCGGUCGGAAAGUACUACACUCAUCCCUGACGUUGGUGGAGACGGUGAAGUACCAGCUCGCCAACUCCGAGGAGAUCGACAGCUCCAAGAUCAUGGCCAUUGCUAAGGACGUGUCACAGAGCAUAGAGCAAACGAUCGAGUCGGUACCCUCUCACGCGGAGCUGGACGAGGCCAUGGAGAGCAUCAACCAGACCCUCGACAUCCUGGAGAUGAACGACUACCCUCAGACGGACAAGAGCUAUGGAACUCUACAAACCGAGCUGAACGGAGCGGCAGCAUCGCUAAGCGGCGCGGCUGCCGAUGUGGCCUCAUCGGUCGAGGACGGCUCCCUGGCUCCGGCGGCGCAGACCUUCCGACACGCCUUCGAGAGACUCGCCGGAGUCUGCCUCGAAAUGGCUGGACAGACCGAGGAAACCGAAAGCCGCACACAAAUGGUCAGCUCCUUGAAGACGGUCACCAUCAACUCUUCGAAGCUCCUCGGAACUGCUAAAUCUGUCAGUCAGGACUUGACCCGGCCAAACGCAAAGAACCAGCUGACCGAUGCCGCGCGUGCUGUCACCGAAAGCAUCAACCAUCUCGUGGACGUGUGCACGGAGGCGGCGCCGGGCCAGAAGGAGUGCGCGGCGGCCGUGCGCAGCAUGGAGAGCUGCCGCGCGCUGCUGUCGGCGCCGUCGCAGCCGCUCAGCGAGCUGGGCUACUUCGCCUGCCUGGACGCCGUCGUGGACCGCAGCAAGCUGCUCAGCGAGGGUAUGUCGGGAAUGGCGAGUGCGGUGAAGAAAGUGGAGCACGAGGCGUUCGCCACGAGCGUGGCAAGUGUGGCCAGCGCUGUGCAGGGGCUUGUGGAAUGUGUGGCCCAGGCCGCCUACCUGGCCGCCGCCUCCGACCCCACCUCUACAGCGGGUAGAGCUGGGUUAGUGGACCGGGCUGCCUUCGCACGCGCCGCUCUGGCCAUCGAGCAGGCGUGCCGCACGCUGAGCGCGCCCAGCACGGAGCACGCGCGCGUGCUCGGCGCGGCCACGGCCGUCGCGCAGCACACGAGCGCGCUGUGCAACGCGUGCCGCGCCGCCAGCGCGCGCUGCACCGAGCCGCGCGACCGCCGCCACUUCGUGCAGGUGGCCAAGGACGUGGCGCACUGCACGGCGGCGCUCGUCAAGCUCAUCAAGGCGCUGGACGCAGACUGCUCCGACGAGGCCCGGGCCCGCUGUGCGGCCGCCACGGUACCGCUGCAAGAGGCGGUCCGCGGACUGCGCCAGUUCGCCGAUAGUCCGGAGUUCGCGGCGGUCCCGGCGCGGAUCUCGAGCGCCGCGCGUGAGAGACAGCAACCCGUACUUGCUUGUGGACGGGACAUCAUCACGCACUCGUGCUCCAUGGUGGAGGCGGCUCGAGCCCUGGCGCUGAGCCCGACGGAACGGACCCACUGGCAGGCGCUGGCACAGCACAGCAAGGCCGUCUCCGACACCGUCAAGAACCUCGUCACCGAGAUCCGUGAAAUGGCCCCCGGUCAGCAAGAAUGCGCAAGCGCAUUGGAGACGAUCAACAAACAACUGCGCGAACUCGACCAAGUUGCACUGCAAGCUGUCAGCUUAGAACUACAGCCCAGACAAGCCAACACGCUGCAAGGUUAUUCGGAGCAGAUUGAAAACACGGCGGCAGAAAUGCUGGAGCGUGUGGAGCCGCUGAGGGUGGCGGCGCGCAGCGAGGCCGAGAACCUGGGACACGCCGUCACUAACCUCGUGUCGUACGCCAGCCCGCUGGUGAGCGGCGCGGCGGGCGCGGCCUCGCACACCACGGAGUCGGCGGCGCAGGCGGCGCUGCUGCAGCACACGCGCACCGUGCUGGAGGCGCUGGCGCAGCUGCUGCUGGCGGCCAAGGCGGCGGCCGGCAACCCGCGGGCGACGGCGGCGCACGGCGAGCUGGAGGGCGCGGCGGCGGGCGCGCGCGUGGCGCUGAGCGAGCUGGCGGCGCACGUGCGCGAGCUGAGCACGCAGCGCGGCGCCGUGGGCCCGCUGCUGGACGCCGUGGCGCGCGCCGCGGCCCGCCUCGCCGACAACAGAAUGUCCCUGCUCGGCACCUACGAUGAGACCGACUCGUUCGUCGACUACCAGACUAGGAUGGUGGGUGUGGCGAAGGAUAUCGCCAGGCUGGCUACAGAUAUGACAGCAAAAUCAGCAACCGAACCGUCAAAACUCGUCGAAGUAGGUAACGAGAUGUGCGGCAAGUACGAGAAGCUGGCCGCUGACAGCGUUGGAGCCUCGGCCACCACGCCAAACGCGGAUAUCGCUAACAGGAUUCGCGUAUCAGCGGUAGAGCUGGGCGAGGCGGUGUCCGAGCUGGUGAAGGCGGGCGGUCGCUGUCGGCUGUCCGCCGCCCAGCCCAACAGGCGCGCGGUGGCGGACGCCGCGAGACUCGUCAACGAGAAGGUGGUAGCAGUACUAAGUGCGCUACAAGCUGGCUCCCGAGGAACACAGGCGUGCAUUGACGCUGCGGCUACCAUCGCCACUAUUCUCGGAGACCUGGACACCACUAUUUUGUUCGCGAGUGCUGGCACGCUCCAGUCCGACAAGGUGGGCGAUACGUUCUCCAACCACCGCGAGAAUAUCCUGAAGACUGCCAAGACCCUGGUUGAGGACACCAAGACCCUGGUCAGUGGAGCUGCCGGUAGCCAGGAUCAGCUAGCUGCAGCCGCUCAGAGUGCCGUCUCUACCAUCGUGCAACUAUGCGAGGUGGUGAAGCAGGGUGCCACGUCUCUCAGCGAGGGCGGGGCGGAGCCCCAGGUGCUGGUACUUCACGCCGCCAGGGACGCGGCCGCAGCCCUGCGGGACCUGGCCGCUGCGACCGCAGCCGCCUCUGGCAAACACGUGGCCCAUCCUGACAUGCAGCGCCUGAAACACGCCGCUAAGCGUUUGUCGGACCCGAAGCGUUGGAGCCUCCCCAUCAAAACUAACACAGUACCGCGAAGCAAGCGGCGAUCGAUUAACAUACGAGACUACAACUCUUGUGAUUCCGAGACGGAUAUCUUCCAAUCAGACCAAGAGGAUGAGCUCGUGAAGCUUCUAGAUUAUUCUAGCCACGAUGACGACGUGUCGCCGACUAUAUUCCACGAUAGUUGUGAAGAAAUGAUCGCGUAUAUAGAGAGCAAGAUGGAAAAACCAUCGCCAAGACUUAUAAACGACGAUGUUAAUAUAAGAUAUAAUCUGACGUCGAGAAAUAGUCUGUUCGAUAUGGACUGGCGCGUAGUGAAAUACGGCGAGAGCAUAUUUCUGGGGGAGCUUCGUAAAUUGGUCGAUUUAUGUGUUGAUACUUUUGAUAAAGCUGAAAACAGGAAGAAAAGGAAAGCAAUAGUGUUUACCAAAGUUAAUACAGACUUAGACAGUGAGAUGAAGAGAUUGUCUCAAGUGAUUGACGAUCUAGAUUGGCAGGAUGUUGUUAAUGAAAACGUUAAAACAACAGUAACUACACACACAACAGUACACAACAUGACCAAACACACUAAAGUCGAUAAACCCAAACUUAAAAGUCCUGAAUUCAAGGUCAAAAAAGUUAAACCAAUUAACUUAACUGUCAAUUUGGAGAUAACUACCGAUCCAGAAACUAAACCACCGAUAAAUAUAAUAGAACAUAAGGAAAAUGAUGAUGAUAAAAAAGUAACACAAAAAAAUGAUAAAAACGAAUUCUGGAAUAUGUUCAAAGAUGAUAAGGAAUGGUGGAAAGCGUUGGCCAAACGUAAUUUGCAUAAAAUGGAGGAAACGAGACGUGAACUGGAGCGUUUUAGUGGUCACGAGCUUGUUCUUGGCGACAUAAGGUCAGAGAUGGACAAAUACGAGAAAGAGAAAGAAACAUUACAAAACUUCAUAGAAGAAGUCGACAAAUCUAAAGAAGUUAACAAAGACUUAGAAUAUGACAAAAAGUACGAGGACAUGGUCUUGAAAUUGAUCGAAUUCGCUAAAAAAGACUUUGUUUAUAAAGGCUUCGAUCCUCUCAUUGAGAAGUUAAAGCUUCUCUCAAAUAUACAAGUCGAAGGGAGAAAGAAAAAGAUUGUAAACAUUGACGAGAUUCUGAACGUUUAUACCAAGAUUGAUAUUUCUAAAUACACUUAUGAAGAACUUUGCCUAUUAGAGAAAUAUUACAAAGAAAUGAUAAAGAAAUACAAAAGCGAGACGCGUAGGAAUGAAAAUAUCGCCCCUAUCGAAGAGACACGAGAAAAAUCUGCUCCCCCAACCUUUAACAGAAGUAUUAGCACAAACUCCAACCGUUUACUAACCAUGAACACUCAUAGAACCAGAACAUUUUCAAAUGAUACGACUUUGAAACGAAAUUCCAGAAACAAUCUAGAAAUUUUUGAUCUAACGAGGACAUAUCCUAGCGAGUAUUAUGCUAACAACUGGUGGACUAUCUACGAAGAUGUUCUCAAGAAUCGCGAACAGCAAUUCGGCAGUAUCGACAACUGGUGGCAGUUUUAUGAAGCGGUCCUGAAUAAGGAAGACACUAGCGAAGACCAACUGAGGAGGAUCCGAGCUAUUGUCGAGAGUAGACGAAAGAGACCAAGCAGCAGAAUGGCAGAACAGCUAAAAAUGCUAGACCAGGUCAAGAAUUCGAGGUUCCAGGAGACGCAGGAUGUGGCGACCAGCGAAAACGAAUCGGUAAUGGUGACAAAUGUGACGUCACUGCUGAAGACGGUCAAGGCCGUAGAAGACGAACACACGCGCGGCACGAGAGCGUUGGAGUCGACUAUCGAGGCUAUAUCGCAAGAAAUUGAGGUGCUGAUGUCCCUCGCUCUCCCCAAGAACACAGCAUCGGUGGAGGAACUGAUGCGCUGCACCCGCCUGAUGACCGCAGCCACGGCUCGGGCUGUCGCGGCGUCAGGACAGGACCAGCUGGUCGCCGCUGCCAACCUUGGAAGACGGACUGUCCUCGACAUGUUGGCGGCUGCUAAGGGGGCAGCGCACAGCGCAGAGACAGAAGAACUGCGUGAACGAACCCUGGUCACGACACAGGCAGCCGCCGAAGCCUAUAGAGCUUUACUUGCAGCUCUGCUAUCACCAUCUGCGAGGUCUCAACUACCGGAGUUGAGUCGGCGGGUAGCCCGCGCGGUAGCUGAUAUGUUGGCUACAGCUGAUUUGUUGAAGGGCUCAGAGUGGGUGGACCCUGCAGACCCCACAGUGAUAGCGGAGCAAGAACUACUGGGCGCCGCUGCCUCUAUAGACGCCGCUGCUCGUAAGCUGGAUGCACUGCGCCCACGAGUCGCUCCUAAAACGCAGGAGACGGAUGAGACUCUCAACUUUGACGAGAUGAUCUUGGAAGCUGCGAAGUCGAUCAUCGCCGCCACAUCGGCCCUCGUGAGAGCCGCGUCUGCCGCCCAGAGGGAGCUCAUUGACCAGGGCAAGGUGGCCAGGCGGCCGGCCACGUCGUCGGACGACGGGCAGUGGUCGGAGGGGCUGGUGUCGGCGGCGCGGCUGGUGGCGGCGGCGGCGCACGCGCUGGCGGAGGCGGCCAACGCGCUGGUGCAGGGCGCCGCCUCCGAGGAGCGGCUCAUCUCCUCCGCGCGCCAGGUGGCCUCCUCCACGGCGCAGCUGCUGGUGGCCUGCAAGGUGAAGGCGGACCCCACGUCGGAGUCCACGCGUCGCCUGCAGGCGGCCGGCGCGGAGGUGAUCCGCUCCACCGACAACCUGGUGCGCGCCGCCCGGGACGCCAUCACCUGCGACGACGAGCGCAGCCUGGUGCUCAACCGCCGCAUGGUGGGCGGCAUCGCGCAGGAGAUCGACGCCAGGUCUGAGGUGCUCCGCAUCGAAAAGGAACUAGAGGAGGCUCGCGGUCGUCUCACGGCCAUCAGGCAAGCGAAGUACAAGCUACGAGACACCUCUGGAGAGGACACCGACCCUGACCAUCCAGGGUACUCCAGCGACGCGUCUCAUGGUCACGUGCAUAGAUUCAAAACACCGAACAGCAGUUUCGCGAACACAACAUACAGCCCCAACAGCACGUACACGACACAGAACACAACCCAAAACACGACAAACAUGAGCCAACACACGACCAACUUGAGCCACAACACGACCAACAUCAGCCAACACGUGUCCAACCUCAACCAGUCCAUACACGGACCACCAACAUUGGAACCGAGGACGCCAACGUCGCCCAACUACCAAGGACAAACGACUAAUGGCUAUCAAAGAGAUGAUAAAGCUCAAAGCCCGAGCUUUUCAAGCUUCAGACCUCAAGAGGAAACUCCUAAACAGAAUUACGAGGGUUUCACGACACGAGAAAAAACUACAAAUGACAGAACGAUAAAAUCUAAAACAAGCAUGGUCGAAGAAACGGUGGUCGUCAAGUCGUUGCAACUGCCCGAAGUACGUACGGCGUUAUUGGUUGAGGAACAGACGGACGCACAGCGGAUAUUCUACCGCAGGGCGCCGCCCCCGCCGCCUCCGAGACGCGUAACACUACUAAACUACGAGACGAGAUUGUAUGACACGCCGCGUCCUAUCAACGAAUAUUACACAAAGACGGACGAACAGCGCCACUUUGAGUCGAGCCAAUAUCACAAGGAGCAGAAAUUCGGUUACGAUGCCCCGAAAUCACCGAUGAGUCCAAAGUUCAACGCCCGCGAACUUAAAUUCGAUGAGAAACCUGAACCAAUCUAUUCGACCCUCAAAAAGCCGACUUCCACGUUCGAUGGUCUCGGACAAACAUUUUCUGAACACCAGAAGUCUACAGAGGCGAUUCCUGGAGGCACGAAGCAUUCAGAGUAUACUGUGAAGAGCGAAUCGUAUCAGAGCUACCCUAAAACUGAAUUCUUUAAGACGGAAACGAGACAAGAGGUCAAGUCUCCCUUCGCGACCUCGACCCCCUCGAAGUUUGAUAAAGACUACACAGACUUCUCCAAAAAUAUGGAUAUAGUGAAGGCGCCAACGCCAGAUUAUGAUAGAAUUUCGUCCCCCUAUGGAAAGGAUGUCCAUAGCUACGGCGGACCGAAUUUCUUUGAGGAAACAACGACCGAGGUCAAGGAAAUACCAAAUGGUACCCAGAAAAUCACAACAACUAAAAUAUACAGCUCUUCGCCAGUAAACUUGACGAGCACAAGCACUAAAUAUGAACCUAUAAAGCUAGAGGGGUUAGAUGAACUGACCAAAUUCGAUAACGAUUCGAGGUACAGCACCCUGGACUCGCGCUUCAACACCUUGGAGUCGAAGAUGAGCUCUGACACGAGUCGCUCCUUCAUGAGACCCUCGGAAUUCCAGUCAUCGGAACACCAGACCACCAGCGUCAAAAAGCCCUCGGAUCUGGUGAAGGAAAUCGACGGCCUGGAUAAAAAGUUCUCGAAACAAACGAUUACCUCGGAGACAAUCGAACGGAAGUCGGUCAUGACCAGCUCCCACAAAUCGGAGACCAGCUCAACGGUCACCAAGAAGUUUGGAAACUUUUAAGAGUUCCGCGUUUAGAUGUCAUCGACGAAGCUCAUGAGCGACUCGACAGAUUAUAUAAAUAUAUUUAAGAUUUAUAAAAACGGUGCCUUAAGCAGCUUAUUUAUUAAAAAAUGAAUUAUAAUACUAGUAUAGCGAUGCCCGCGUAAGCGAUUCGUCCACUGAAGGUAUUGAAACACCAAUUAAAUAGAUUUAAAAAUACAAUAUUUGUAUAUAUUUACAUAUUAUAUAAAGUUUUUUUUUUAUCUUCAAUGUUUAAGCUCUUUUCAUAUGAAAUAUGUAAGCAUUUAAUAAACACUCGAGUAUAUAUAUUAUUAUAUAUUUCUCAUAAGGAGGACUUUUUAUUAUAUAAUAUAUUUCUAAUAAAAGGGACUUUCUUAAUUAUAAUCUUGUAUGUAAAUGUAAUUUUAAAAUAAAACCAUUUAUUGUAAUGACAUGUAUUCUCAGUAGUUCAAGACAUAGCUAGUUGUAUUUUAGUAAUUUUUAUAUCUUCCAUUUAAUAUUUGUAAAAUGUGUCGUGUUCUGAUACGUAAUUACUUAAGUACAUAGACGCCAUAUUGUAUCGUAACAACUAUUAUUAUUGAGAUAUCUGUAUUUUAACUUAAAUUAUUUUUCGUUCGGAAAUUACAUUUGAAAAAAAAUGCUGUUUUAUUUUUGUAUCAAAAUAUUGUCAAAUUUUAUUUUAAAAUAAUUUUAUGAAGAAUAAAACAAUUAUUACUAUAAUGUAGAUUUAAGUAUUGUGUCUUAUGUUAUAAUCUCAUUAUAUUAAUAAUAAUUUAAAACCAAAUAAAUUUUAACUAAUUCUUACUUGUCUAGUAAUAAUGUAAUCGGUUUGAAUUUUGGACUAAAAUAUUAUUUGUUAAUAUUAUUAGAGUUUUUAUUCGUUCGUACUCGCCGGUAGCUGUCGCUGGAGUCGGGGCAUUGUCUUGUAAUGUGUAGUAAACAUUUACUAAUUAUA